AUGGUUGAUUCAACUUCAAACUUCUCAGUUCCUCAUCAUCUAGCAAACAAAAACAGAAAUGGUUCUUGUGAAGUAUCAUCCUUGUGUAGAAAAGUUUGGGAAGAAAAUAAGAUGGUGUGGUGCAUAGCAGGACCAUGCAUUUUAACUGCGAUAUUUCAAUUCUCUCUUGGUUUCAUUACUCAAACAUGGGUUGGUCAUGUUGGUACCCUUCAACUUGCUGCUUUUGCACUCCAGAACUUGGUCGUUUCUGGCCUCACCUACGGCAUCAUGUUGGGUAUGGGAAGUGCAUUAGAAACGUUAUGCGGCCAAGCAUUUGGAGCAGGAAAACCAACAAUGCUAGGGAUAUACUUACAAAGAUCAUGGGUGAUACUUCUUGGAACAGCAUUACCAUUAACACUAAUCUCAGUAUUUGCAAGACAUAUUCUAUUAAUUUUAGGCCAGAAAAAAGAGACGGCAGUAUUAGCUGGUAGAUAUUCUAUAUGGAUGAUACCGCAAAUAUAUAUGUAUGCGUUAAAUUUUCCGAUGCAAAAAUUUUUACAAGCCCAGACCAAAGUAAUUCCAUUAGCUUGGAUGUCAUUUGGAAUUUUACUCAUUCAUGUUCCAUUAAGUUGGUUUUGUGUUACGAGAUGGGGUUUAUUUGGAGCAGCAGUUUCUAUGAAUAUUUCAUGGGUCUUGGUUGUCAUUCUGCAAUAUGCUUAUAUUGUCUCUGGAAGUUGCAAGGAUUCUUGGAGUGGUUUCUCAUGGUUGGCUUUCACUGAAUUGCCUGAUUUUCUUUGGUUAUCUCUGUCUUCAGCAGUCAUGCUUUGCUUGGAGUAUUGGUCAUUUAUGAUUCUAAUUGUAUUUGCCGGAGUACUAAAAAAUGCUGAAGUUACAGUUGAUGCGGCUUCUAUCUGUAUGAAUGUCGAAGGAUGGAUAUUUAUGGUACCACUUGGUUAUAUUGCUGCCGUCAGCGUUAGAGUCUCGAAUGAACUGGGAGCAGGAAAUGCAGCAGCUGCAAAAUUCUCUGUUUGGGUUACAGCCUUAAUUUCUCUAGUCACCCAGACUGCUUUUGCUAUCCUAAUCUGGACAACGAGAAAUGAUUUCUCAAAACUCUUUACAGAUGACAAGAUUGUUAUGAAAGAAGUUAGUAAUUUAGUCGUGUAUUUAUGCAUCUCGAUCAUCCUCUGUGGCAUCCAACCCGUUUUAACAGGUUCGUAUUUUCGAAUUCUGAAACAAGUUGAACACAAUGAUGAAUGUGGUAAAGCCGAUUAUAAAAUAUGUACUAUAUAA